GGUCUGUGUCCGCCUGGCAGCAGCAGCAGCAGCACCACGUGUCUGUCUUGCCUCUGCAGCGGGAGGUGCGCGCGCGCGGGGCUGGGGGGCACCUGGGGCCCAGACCCCGCCAGGUAGGCGCGAGGUAAAGCUGCGGGUCGGGGGUGGCGGGCAGCGGAAGGCUCUCCUUCGCGGGCGCCCACCUUCCCUCGUGCCUCCCUCGCCACUUCCAGGCGGCGGCGGGGGGAAUGGGAAGAGCCACCGACCAUAAACAUCCGGAGGGCGGGCGGGACAAAGCCCCGGAUUGGCUCCAUGAGAGUGGAAAGGGCGAGCGAGGCGGUCAGAGUUUAGCGCCCGCGUGGCGGAUUCAUUCCCUCCCAGCCCAGAUUUGUUGGUGCGGGAAGUUGGGGUGCAAGUCUCCCUCCCGCCCAGUUGAGAGCGAGAAGGGCUGCACUUGGGUUUGGAUGUCUGGAGGGACACCUGAGCAGCACAGGCUGUGGGGCAGGAGCAGGGCUGAUUCGACGCAACGGAAGCCUCCUUGAGGUAUUUGGCUGAGGUGCGGGUGUAAAAAGAAUGGCAGCAAACCGAAGAGGAGCGAAGCGAGCAGCUUCCUUUGGUAGCUUUCCGCGUUCAGCUGAGUUAUUCGCCUGCUGGACGCUGGAAAUGCAGCCCCCUCCCCCGCCCGCGCGCGCAAGAACCGCUGUCUCGUGCGCAAGUCCGUCUGUUUUCUUGGCGGAACUCCCUCCUAGAAAAGGGUAGCUUUUGCAAAGGCAAUGGGGUUAGGUCGCGGGAUGCACCAACACGGUACCUUUCUUAUGGAGAGAAGAUCAACAUCAGAGUUGGCCCCUUCUUGAUUUGUUCACCUCACAUAAACAAUUUAUGUAGCCAAUGGGGAAGGAUGUUUGACUGUGUGUUGCUUUACUUUACUUUCCCCUUCUGAUGCACUAAAUAUGAACUUUGUGAAAUUCAGGACAAAGAGUGUGUUGGGGUGGGGGUUUGUGCCUUUGGGUAUUGUGCACUGAUUUACAGCAUGAAUUCUUCUUUAAAGUUUUGCUUUUUGAAAUGCGGUUGAUAUGUGCGUGUUGGUGAUGGGAACUGUUUAAUGGGUUUUUUGGAAUUGUUCUGAUAACUCUGUGUUUGUGUGUUUGAAAGCUUCUUCGUGCUGCAGUGGCACAAAGAAAAGAAUGAGCAAGGCCUUUAGGUGAUGUAGCUCUGGUACCUCGCCUUACGAAUGUUUCGGGUUACGCUCUCCGCUAACCAGGAAGUAGAUGCCCCUUGUUGCGAACUUUGCCUCGGGAUACUAGUAGUUUCCGGUUACAAACGGACCUCCAGAACAGAUUAAGUUCGUAACCGGAGGUACCACUGUACUCUACUGGUGUUGGGUUAAAAGUGUAAUUGUGUUUUACUCUCUGUUUUUGAUGGUGUGUGUUUUAAUGCCUUUUAAAAAUCUGUCUGCUAUUUUUCUACAGGGAAGCUGUUAUUCUGUAGUUGGUUUGUACAUCUAGGGGCAAAUAUCUUCACCUUCCUUUACCUGGCUGUUGGUGAGAAGGACAAAGGCCAGAGAUGUGUGUGAGAGCUAGAAGCUAGAAUCAGGCUGAGAGACAGAGCCAUGCCUGAUUUCUGCUGGAAUCUAAGGCUGUGAGUAUGGGAGAAGCAAGAUCUUCUUGGGAUGUUAAUACUGUGAGCCCCUUCAUUGUAGGCUCAGGUGGUAUAUAAGUGUAAAUAAAUAAUAUAUCAUAAAGACACCACAGUCUCUGCUGUCCCUCAUUCUGCAAAAUCGAUCUCUGGGUAAGUGCCUGCAACCUCCAGAAUCUCUCACCGCUUGGAGAUUGGGGUGGUGUGCAACAAUGUUAUCUGUUCUGACCACCCAAUCUUCUAAUUAGCUGAAACACCUGGGCCUUGUUUACACAUCAUAUUAAACCUUGGUUAAACUAAACUAUGGUUAAAUGUGUAUGGGUUGGGGCAUGCUGCUGAAAUCACAUGUGCUUUCCUUCUCCACUUAUGUUCUUAUUUCAAGUCUACUUUUUCUCUGCAAAUAUUUAUUGUGUAUUUUGUUGUUUCUUAACAAGGUGGCCAUGAGGGAAAGGCUGUCAGAACUCUUGCAACUUCGGAGUUGAUAUGAUAAUUUACAACACUGUACAUGAUGAAGAAGCAACCAAUGGCCUUUGGGAAUGAGGAUGGUGGAAAGGCAUUGGGUAAAGUGCCUGCUCUUUACGUUCUCAUGAAACAGCCGCAGAUCACUGGAAAAGCUGACCAAGGAGACUUAGUUUCAAAUCAAGAGGACAAUGGCCUUGCAGCACCAGUAAAAUCAAAAGUGAAGACCUGCCUUCCAGCAGAUUGCACCUCAGGAAGCAUUACUGUUACCUUGGACAACAACAAUAUGUGGAAUGAGUUCUACUAUCGCGGCACAGAAAUGAUUCUGACUAAGCAGGGAAAGCGGAUGUUUCCAUACUGUCGAUACUGGAUAACAGGCUUAGACUCCAAGCUGAAGUAUAUCUUGGUCAUGGAUAUUUCUCCAGUUGACAACUUACGCUAUAAAUGGAAUGGCCAUAGUUGGGAGCCCAGUUGGAAAGCAGAACCCCAUGUGCUGGGAAGAGUAUUCAUUCACCCCGAAUCGCCUUCUACUGGCCGUUACUGGAUGCAGCAGCCGGUCUCUUUCUACAAACUCAAACUUACUAACAAUACCUUGGACCAGGAAGGGCAUAUCAUUCUGCACUCUAUGCACCGCUAUCUACCUCGGCUACACUUGGUGCUUGCUGACAGAGUCACAGAGGUUAUUCGGCUAAAUGGUCCUGAUGUCCAUACCUUCAUUUUCCCACAGACAGAGUUCUUUGCUGUGACUGCCUAUCAAAACAUACAAAUGACACAACUGAAAAUAAACUACAACCCAUUUCUCAAAGGGUUCAAGAAAGCUGGCCUGAGCAGCAGACCUGAACAUAAGGCAAUGCAAAAUGAUUGCCCAGAGCAGAAAAGACGUAGAGUUUCUAACUUUACAAGCAGUUACAGGUGUCUCACUGAAGGUGAUGUUUUGGAUCCAAAGCAAAGAGACGUAGAUGCUUCAUGUAAUGCUUGGAAGAUGUAUAAAACUUCUUUGGAGAAAGAAACAUUUACUCCAGACACAAAAUGUGAUGCGUCUGAAUGGUACAGUUACAUAUCUAUCAUUAUUGGGGAUGAGUGAUUCCCAUCAACUGGUAAUUGGAGGCUUACUGCCUGUGAUGGUGGAGGUAGAACACAGUGAUCAUUGCUGGUAGCCAUUGAUAAACUUGUCCUCUAUGUAUUUGUCUAAUCCUCUUAAAGCCAUGCAAGGUGGUGGCCAUUGCUACACUUCAUGGUAACAAAUUUCAUAGUUUAACUAUGUGCUGUGUCCUAAAUGGUUUGGGGCCAUUCUGUAUUCAGUUUCAUUGGAUAGCCCCAAACCAUGCAAAAUUUUAUAGGCUUUUAUCUGUGUGUGUGUGUGUGUGUGUGUGUGUCUCCUACCUUUUCCCUACACUUAAACACCCAAAAUGUUGUAACCAUUCCAGCCCCAUGUUGGUAAUCUUGGCUGCUCUUAGUGUUGUGGGAACUGUAUGUAGAAUACAUAAUUUUUAUGGCGAUCCCAGGGAAAGCUGUGGCAUGUGGUAGGCAGUUCAAAAUGGUUGAUAGAAGAUGUCACAUGAUGCCGUUUGAUGGAUGGGUGAAAUUUAUUAGAAAUGGCUUGGCUGGGUAUUUUGGAGAUGUGUUUUGGGCCAUAUUAAGCCUGCAGAUGAGAUCUUCCCCACCAGUGAGUGCCCUGGCCUCCCUGCACCGCUUUCUGACUCACUUAGUGCUAAGUGUGCUUAUGUCAUUCCUUUGAUGCUAUUUGUAUCUGUUAUCACUGCCGAUAGCAUGCAGAAUUGGAGAUGGGGGCUAAAAAAAAUUAAAGCUCUGUGAAAGUACCAGCUCAAAUUAUCAUACUCUUACAAUAGUGAGAUGCUGGGGAGAAACGGAAGGUGAAUAUUGUCGUUUCCCCUUACUUCUAAAACUCUGCUGUAGCAUGUGAUUGGCUGCAGCCAGAUACAGAAAGUCAAGAUAAGUGGUUGCUUUGGCCAGCAUGGCAUUUUGUAUCUGAUGCAGUCUACCUGGUGUGUGUGUGUUUUCCUCUGUGCCAUAUUGGUGUGAGUUGUAGUCCUAGAAAAAGAAGGUGGUAGUUGCCACCUAAUACAUGAUCAGAAUACCGAUGGGCAUUAGAGUUCUUUAAUGUUGUGCUAGAAUUCAGAGGGGUCAGAUUGAAGUCCCAGCAGUAUCCGUUUAAAGUGGUAGCUUAAAGAAGUAACUUUUAAUGAUUUCAUUAGUAAGUGCGUGUGCAGGCUUGGGAGUGCAGGAAAUGGGUUUAAUUAAUAUGACAAUAAUAUUAAGUAAAGUAGGCUCUUUGAUUCAGAGAGACCCACAUCCAAUUAAGUGUGCAUAGGAUUGGAGCAUAAAGGGAACCUGCAUGUAGAUGCACUUUGCCAGUUCUAUGCUUGUCAGUCUCCAAGUGCCUGGCAGCCAGCUGGCUGCAGUUCCCAGCUGACUGUUGGGAGCUUCGGAACCCAGUGUACCGUAUUUUUCGCUCUAUAAGACGCACUUUUUCCCCUCCAAAAAUGAAGGGGAAAUGUGUGUGCGUCCUAUGGAGCGAAUGCAGGCUUUCGCUAAAGCCUGGAGAGCGAGGGUCGGUGCGCACCGACCCUCUCGCUCUCCAGGCUUCAGGAGCUAUCCGCUAGCCAUGGGAGACCCAGCUCUCCCACGGCUAGCGGAGACCUUGCCAGCACCCAGAAGCUUGGGGCGCGCGGGGCUCCACACGCCCCACGCUUUGGGAUUCGCGCCGCGCGCCGCUAGCCCUGGGUGUGCCGCGCGGCUCUCCCACGGCUAGUGGAGACCUUUCUGGCACCCAGAAACUUGGGGCGCGCUGAGCUCCACACGCCCCAAGAUUGGGGAUUAGCGCAGCGCUCCGCUAGCCAUGGGAGAGCCGCGCGGCUCUCCCACGGCUAGCGGAGACCUUGCCGGCACCCAGAAGCUUGGGGCGCGCUGAGCUCCGCACGCCCCAAGCAUCGGGAUUAGCGCAGCGCUCCGCUAGCCCUGGGAGAGCCGCGCGGCUCUCCCACGGCUAGUUGAGACCUUGCCAGCACCCAGAAGCUUGAGGCACGCUGAGCUCCGCACGCCCCAAGCUUCGGGCUUAGCACAGCGCACCUGGGGGGGAAAUAAUUUUUUUUUCCCUUUAUUUCCCCCCCAAAAAACUAGGUGCGUCCUAUGGGCCGGUGCGUCCUAUGGUGCGAAAAAUACGGUAAGUGAUUUUGACAGGUGGGCAGGAUGACCCACCUAUCAAUCAUGUGGCAUCAUACAGAUGUCCUGAGAUUGACAGGUAGGUUGUCCUGCCCAUAUGUCAAAAUUGAUCCACAGGGUGUGGCCAGGUCAAAAUCUGACCUGUGGGAUCAAAAAAGUUCCCCAUCUCUGAUUUAAAUAAAUACAGUGGUACCUCGGGUUAAGAACUUAAUUUGUUCCGGAGGUCUGUUCUUAAACUGAAACUGUUCUCAACCUGAGGUACCACUUUAGCUAAUGGGGCCUCCGGCUGCCGCUGCACCGCCACCGCACGAUUUCUGUUCUCAUCCUGAAGCAAAGUUCUUAACCCGAGGUAAUAUUUCUGGGUUAGCGGAGUCUGUAACCUGAAGCGUCUGUAACCUGAGGUACCACUGUAAAUGCUAAACUAAAGCUGGCAGUCGGUCCCAUUCUAUGCAUACUUACUUAAAAGUAAUUAUUUCCAUGAGGCCAAAAUUCUAUGCAUGCUUAAUUGGGAGAAGGUCUCACUGGAACUUAUUUCCAAAUCAACCAAAAGAAGAUGGGAAUACAGAAGGAAAUAAUUUUGUGACACUAAAAUAAAAUUUAGUCUGAGUUUAUAGCAUCCAGAGAGCCAGUGUGGUGUAGUGGUUAAGAGCGGUGGACUUGUAAUCUGUUGAACUGGGUUCGCGUCCCCGCUCCUCCACAUGCAGCUGCAGAGUGACCUUGGUCUAGUCACAUUUCUCUGAAGUCUCUCAGCCUCGCUCAUCUCACAGAGUGUUUGUUGUGGGGGAGGAGGGGAAAAGGAGAUUGUUAGCUGCUUUGAGACUCCUUAGGGUAGUGAUAAAGCAGGAUAUCAAAUCCAAACUCUUCAUCCAGCAAAUGUAUUGCUUUAGAAAAUAUAUAUGGUAUCACAGGUAACCUGAAUGAUGUAUGUAUUGCUUGAUGGAUAAAGGAAGGCUGAUUUACUUUCACACUAGUAAUGGAAGCUGCUAAAGCUAUAUAUAAACUGCACAGCCAUUAGGGUUUUGCAUUACUUAGCAAUAACAUACAUAAUUUUUAUACAAAUGCAUGAUAAACUGGACAAAAUAAAUUGAUUAGGAUAUUAUUUAAUUUCUGCAAUUACAUUGAUCUAGUUUUUGUUUUCCUUUCUCCAGUCCAACAGCUUGUGAAAGGGAUUCCCGUGUGAAAUCACAGCUGAACUCAAAUGAUGAUAUCAGUAUAUCCAUUAAAGAUAAGCCUGUAGAUUACUAUGUUUAUGGGCCAAGGGUACAUACAGAGAGGAUACUCAUGAACCGGGAAGGCACUGAUAAAGCAACAGAAAAAUAUUUCUGUAGAGAUAGAAACAAGAUUUCAGAGACACAGUUGGAGAAAAACUGUGAUGAAGUAGGAAGAAGAGAAGUGGAGCUUGAAUCCCACAAGCAACCACAGAGCGUUGCCAAAGACAAAACUUUAAAAUUGGGUAGUGGGACAGUGCCUGAUGCCUCCUUAAAGUGCUGUGGUACCACCAAGAAUAUGACCAUCUCUGUUCUUGAAGCUCUUUUGUCUUCUUAUAAGACACAGAAGUCUUCUUUGAAUCAUUCAGUAAAUUCUUUGCCUGUCUGUUUUGAAAAUAACAAACUAGCUAGCCCGCUUAAAGUUGUGGAAGCAAAACAUAAAGAACUUCAUUUCAGAAGCAAUAACACAGAGAAAUGCUAUGUGGGCAAAGAUGCGCCAUGGAUAAAUACUGAAACAUACAGCAGCCAUAUGGUAACAAAAAAAGCAAUGAGUUUCAACCUCUUGCCCCCUACGUCAACCAAAUUUAUUCAUGGAGGAAAAGAGAAAAAUGUAGUCAAGAAGGCUGUGUUGGGAAGGGGUCUUGAUAAGAAAGCAGAUUAUGUGUUGUUUGGUCCACCUAAAAGAGGAAGACCACGUAAAGUGAUUGAGACUGAACCAUCCCUGAAAUUCACAGCAAAGUCUGCUAUGACAAGCAAUGUGGGACCAGAUUUUGCCAAGCCAGAGCUCGUACUUGAUUACGAGGAUAUAGAUGGAGUCCUCUUUGCAUCCUUUGCAUCAAAGGUAAAUCUAUCAUUUAAAUUUAAUAUUGUCUAGCAUAGUUUAUACUAGACAGAUUGAAAGCUGUGCAUUUCUUUUUUUAAUUGUGAAAAUUGCAGGUUUGGGGUGGCGGGACCUCUAUGCUUUGACGCUCACGCUCUUCAGUUUCAAUAGCUCUGAAUGUGAGUGUCUAGACCAUGUUGGGUAUCAUUAGGAAAGGAAUAAAAAAUAAAAUUGUCAAUGCCAUAAUCCUUUUCUAUAAACCUGUGAUGCAACCGUAUUUGGAGAGUUCUGUGUACGGUUGUGUUCGCACCUCAAGAAGGAUGCUACAGCGUUGGGAAAGGGCAACCAAAGUGGGGACAGUGGCAGCUCACUGAUAAGUUACAACAUUUGGGGCUUUUAGUCUAGUAAAAACGUGGGUUAAGAAGGGAUGUGAUGGGUGUGUGUAAAAAUUAUAGUGUGGAGAAGUGGACAGGCAGGCUUCUUUCUCCCUCUCAGAAUACUUAGAACCCAGAGCAAUCCAAUGAUGCUCAAUGUGGGAAGAUUCAAGACAGACAAAAGGAAAUACUUCUUCAUUCAGUACAUAGUAAAAACAACGGAAUUUUCUGUUACAAGAUGAAGUGAUGGCUGUCAGUGUGGAUGGCUUUAAAAGGGUGAAUUUGUGGAGGAGAAGGCAAUGUUAAUGACUUAUAUAUUAACUCCAAUAUCAGGGGAAGUGUGUAUUUGGGCUUUUCAUAGGCAUCCAGCACACUAGACAAGAUAGGCCUCUGGUCGAAUCAGCAGGGUGUUCUUUUUAUGUACUUGUGACCUUGCCUUUUGUAUGUGAUCAUGCAGAAUUUAAAAUCCAGACCAUUUUAUUCAGCUCUAGUAUGUAUUAAAUCUUGUUAAUAUUAAUUUGACUCUUGGUAGGGUGUCUAGGCCACUUUUGCUUAAGCAUUUAACACUUAUUGUAGUCCCUCUUUAUGUACAGGAAGUUCUUGAUAAACACAGACUUGAUAAAAUUGGGGGAAGAGAAGGACUACAGAAUGGAGAAGCUUCCUUCCUGACUACAUAUGAUUCAGGUACUCUUGACACUGAUGGGGCGGCCUUAGUGCAGGAGAAAUUAAGACUGCUAAGCAAACAGUAGGUUUUUUGGUUUUUUUAAAUGUAUCACAUUCUUACCAUUUGUAUGUUAGAAUGUGAUACACUUUUUUUUUGGUAUUUGUAUGUGUCAGUAAUACUUUUUUGUUCUAUGACAGACUCUCAAAUAAACCUACAACUUCUGGAAACAAAGCUCUUAGAAGAUUUGAAGUCGUUCAGGCACAGACAAGUGAUACAUCCUAGUCUUCAAGAAGGUACGUUAUCAGCAAUAGAUUCCGCAGCUGCUGUGAUAGUUAUCUAGAGCAGCAUCUAACAAAACAGUUCGGCUAGCACAGUUUUGGCCGUGCAACAUAACUUCUCGUCCCUCUCCUCUCUUCAUUCCACCCCAAACAAAAUGCUCUGAAGGGUUGAGGGAGAACCAUAACCGAUUUCAGGGGAAUACAGAGAGGGGAGAGGGGAGUUCCACUGUACAGCCAGAAGUGACUGACCUGUACAGAACGGUUUAGUUCGAUAUCGCCCUUAGAACAUAGUAUUCAGAUAUUGUUUCUCAUGUGUGUUCUCUGUGGUCUAUUCAGCUAAACUUUGAUGCAUUGUACAGUGGUACCUUGGUUUAAGAACAGCUUAGUUUAUGAACAACUUGGAUUAAGAAUGCUGCAAACCGGGAAAUGGUGUUUUGGUUUGUGAACUUUGCCUUGGAAGCAGAACAUGAUCCGCUUCCUGUUGAGUGUGUUCCAUUUGUAAAUUGAGCCCCCCACUGCUAUGGGAAAGCAUGUCUUGGUUUAAUAAUGCUUUGGUUUAAGAACGGACUUCCAGAACGGAUUAGGUUCGUAAACCAAGGUACCACUGUAUUAAUGAAUGCUGCCCACAUUCGUAUUAGAGCCCUUCACCUGUGCUUGAGGGAGUUGGUGGCUUAUAGAUUCUCUCAGAGGUCGCCAACCUUUUUAAACUAGUAGCACAUUUCGAAUUUUGAGAGUGCUGGGGGCACCAGUCAUGAAAUGGCUGGUGUGGGGAGCAUGACACAACCCAAACUGGAGAGUACUGGCGCAGUGAAGCUCUUAUAAUAAUUGCAUUUCCAUACUAGAAAAGGCUUUACCUGAAUUUCUGCCCAUCACAAGAACCAUGUUUUUCUCAAAUGCCAAGCCUAAAUCAAAGCCUAGGCUGCUAUCAGUGAACCCACUUACCCAAGAGUAAGCUCCAGUAAACACAGAAACUUACUUCUGAGUAGGCUUAAAUACCAUUGUGCUUUAAGUUAACUAUUCAGCAAAUUCUUAAUGUCAGGUUUUUAGUUCCUGUACAGCAGACCUCAACCUCUUUGUGAAGUUUUCACAUUUGCCUUUUCGAGGAAGUAGGGAUAUUUAAUGUCUACCCACUCUUAUUUGCUGUAGUAUUUGCAGAAAAUAACUCCUAGGGUCUACAGAAUCAGACAAACAACCUAUAAGAAAGGUGCAUCCUUGUUGCUAGGUUAAAACAAAAGACAAACUAAGGAGAUUUCAUUAGAAAAUAAGACGGGAGCAGGAAAACUACACUACAGUCAUACCUUGGUUGUUGAACUUAAUCUGUUCUAGGAGUGUGUUUGACUCCUGAAAUGGUUCGAAAACCAAGGUGCGGCUUCCGAUUGGCUGCAGGAGCUUCCUGCACUCAAUUGGAAGCCGCGUUGGAUGUUCAGCUUCCGAAAAAUGUUCACGAACCGGAACACUCAUUUCCGGGUUUGCGGCGUUCAGGAGCCAAACGUCCGAGUACCAAGGUGUUCAAGAACCAAGGUACGACUGUGUAUAGGAAGUGAAACAGCGACUCUUUAGGACCCAUGGAUUCCUGCUGCCUGGUGUCUAAACAACUCACUUAUCAAUCACAGCUCUGACUUGCUCCUUGGCCAAAAACACUGAGAGGUAGGAGGAGCCAUGGUGACUCAUUUCAAAUGAAUUACUUAGAAGAGUAUUUACACAUUUUGUUUUAUACCUUUCUUUUUAAGAGGGCUAGAGACAUUUACGAAAGCUCAGAGUUUGGGAGGCCUGCCCGCAAAGACUUUCAUGUGUGCUAGUUUGGCAACCACUGGCCACCCUGCCUUUCUUCAUGCUUUUAAAGGAUCUCUAACGUGGGGUAUUCUUCUUCUAGUGGGGCUGAAGUUGGGUUCCGUGGACCCAACACUUAGCAUUGACCUGAAAUAUUUGGGUGUGCAGCUUCCCCUGAGACCUUCAAAGGAUUAUGUAUUUGGGGAAAACCAAGUGACAGAUCUCAGUUGUCAAGGUAAAUAUAAUGUAUCUUUUUGAAAUGUUAGAAUGGUAAGCAGAGUCCAUAAAACCCGUCUGCCCUUUGUUGGCCAGCCAGAUAUUAUGAGAGUUUCACUUCACAAGUCAUGGGGUUUCACUUCUGACCUUGUGCUGCAUCACAGAACGAGGUCAGGCACAACCCAUGCUCUCCAUCUGAGUUCCAGGCUGUGGGAAUAUUCUGGCCCUCUUCUCCAGCUUGGGACAGGGAGAUGGCAGGAUAUGUUGUCCGCACAGUUGCAUUUCAGAGAGUCUUGGAAGCAAUGGAGAGGGCAGUCUGUGUCCCCCUUUCUAGUUCCUGCUGGAGAGGAAGACUGGAGCUUGAAACUUCGUGGCAGACAGCAGUCUCAGCACUCCCAACUCUAGAAAGCAAGGCUGGGGCUUGUUGGUUUGCAAACUUUUUUUUUAAACCCAUUCAUUGUAUUUUCUAUGUACAACCAUUGUCUUAGUAAAUUACAUUAUCACCGCACGAUGCAAACAGUAUAGAACAAAGCUAUAAAUUAUGUAAAUUGUGCAUUGUUAGGUCUGACUGUUCAGACGAGACUUUGUGGGGGGUACAUACAUUUUGCCACCAUAUUUUUGAGGUGUUUGGAGUGCUUUGGAGGUGGAACACCAAAACAACCCCCAGAUUUCUUCCCAACCUUAAAGCUUGAGAGAGAUCGUACUUGCAGCUGUACUGGGCUUCAUACAGCCGUGUUCCAAAGUGCUAUGCAGCUGUAGGUAAACUCCUGUCUCCUCUUUCUCUAGAUCCAAGUUUGGGAAGAAGGCUAAGGUUCAUCUCUGGAGGAAAAUGGAGUGCUCUCUAUAGUAUGUGCAACUGUAGAGCCCUCUGGGAAUGAAGGACGUGACUGUUCUUAUUUUAGUUAUUAUUUUCUAGAAGGAAUUUUUGGUGAAUUAACUUCGCUAUUACUCUGGCCCUUGUCGCUUGUUGAGUACCCCUUACAGCAAAUGCAUGUGAUAAUUAGUUUUUAGUUGAAUAUAUAUACCGUUGUUUAUAGACAGGAAUAUUGUGCCUCGUUAAUAAACUUGCUUUGCUACCUUCAUUUCUAGAUACCGCCCUUUCCUUCAUUUCCAAGACUGGGAAAACCAAUGAUUUUAGAAAGAUAAAAGGCUGGCAAGGAAGACUUAACAACACUUCUAAGCAGGAAGGUAGGACAAUUAUUUUGUAUAUAUUUUCCCUUCAUGAUGCUGCAGAAAGGAGAUCUUUUGAGAAUUUUUAGAUAAACUUUUGUGAGUUUCCUUUUCUGCCAGAACUGGGAUUGAUGUAUUUUCCGAGGUUGUGUUUGACUUCUUUCUCUAUGUCAUUUUCUGGAUUAAUUCAGGUAGCAUUUUAGAGGACUCACUGAAGAACCGAUCUGCCUUCUGCAGUGAUAAACUGGACAAAUAUUUGGAAAGGGAAGGGAAGCUAAUGGAAAGUGUGGGAUUCUCUUCAAGCUUGUUUAGUUAUCCCAUGGAUUGCCGGAUUCCAUCCAAAGGUACCAGCUGUGCUCAAGCCCUCGAUAAAGUUCCAGAGAAGAAACCCAUCAUUACUCCAUCCAGCACUUACGCUUUCAAGCCUCUUUCUCUGCCUUCCAUUUUUAGAAGGAGAAGAAAAACUAAGAAUAAACAAACAACUUUUCGAGGCAGGGUAAAAUCUUCCAAAAAGUUUACAGUGCCUUUACCUGUUCUGCCAAAGCAGGAGCAUGAUUUCUCUGCCUUAGAAAACAUCAAUAGGUCUAGAUCAUAUAGCCAAGUGGAUGACGAUGUUCAUGUGCCAGAAUUAGAUGGAAACAUACAGAGAAAGCAAAUAACUGUGCAUCAAGCACAGCAGCCAAAACAGAGUAGCUGUCCACUGCAUUUAUCUCAGAUGAAACUGAUGGAGCUGGAGGAUUGUGCUUUGAGGGAUGGGAAGCCACAAACCUGUAUUACUGAAGAAUGGGCAGACCUUUCUCUGGAUACUUUGAUCAUCUCUCAGGUAAGCUUCAAUAAUCUUUACCAUUUAGUCAUUGGUUAGAUAUGCAUAUGCUAGAAAUGGACCCACGCACUCACAAGUCAUUUUUCUUUUGCAAUCCUUUUUUGACUAUUUUGCAGGAGGUGGGGAAGGUAUACGUCAUUGGUUUUUGGAAAAAGCAUGAAAAACAAAGAGAAAUACAUAACUCAGUAUACAUAUCUGCUGCAUGGUAAAGAAGUUACGUUCAGAAAUUACAAGGCAAAACAUGUCCAUUUCUAUUUCAUUUUUAUAUGACCACCAUGUCCUUGCAGAUCAUCUGCAAAAUUCAGAUGGGCCAUUAGGAUUUCUUAAUUCUGUUUCACAUGCAAUGUAACUGGCAGAGUAAGAUUAGUGUAAGAAAAGAAAGGAACUUCUAUUGUCUUCAUGCAUUAGAAUUAUUCAUAAGUUCACGGUGUGUGACCUGUAACUUCUGGGAUUUGUUUUCACAUUUCUAAACCAAUUUAGGGUUGUAUUCAGGUGAUGUCUGGCUCACAGUAGACCCAUUGAAAUAUACGAACCUAAGUUAGUAAUGUCCAUGAAUUUCAAAAGGUUUAGUCUGAGUAGGAGCAGGACCAAAUAUCACUAUAUUCACAUAUGACUGCUAUACAUCCUCACGUUGCAGUACUUCAACAUAAACUUCAUCCUUGUUUUAAAAUAUUGCACUACCCUGCACUGCUACGAAGUACUCAGAGCCACAGAAUCAUGGAAUUGCAGCGUUGAAAGGACCCUGCAUUCCUGUAAAUGCAGGAAUAUUGUCAUAUAUAUAGAUAGAGAGAGAGAGAGAGAGUGUGUUGAUACUCUGUGCUCAGAUUCAGGUAAAAAUGUGGUGACAUUAAUUCAUUUAUAAGCAGGUUCCGGUGGAGUUAAUGGAAUUGGAAGGUCGUGCAUUGCAGAAUGGGAAGCCACGGACUUGCAUUACCAAAGAGCGAGCAGACCUAUCUCUAGCAUCUCUGCUUAGCCCUCAGGUAAGUUGAAAUGGCCGUUUCCUUUGCCUUCCUUUGUAACUCUCAUGGAGGAAAAGGCUGUCAUUGCCUUCUCGCCAUGAUAGCUAUGCUUUGUCUCCACAGCUGGAGGCAGUACGGUGGAUGCUUGGGUUGCGAACAUAAUCUGUGCGGGAGGCACAUUCGCAACCCGCAGCGUUUGCAACCUGCAGUGCUGUGUCUGCGCACGCACGGGUUGCAAUUUGGCAUUUCUGCGCACGCGCAAAGCGUGAUUUAGCGCUUCUACACAUACAUGACCACCGAAACCCGGAAGUAACCCUUUCUGGUACUUCUGGGUUUUGGCGGGUCCGUAACCCGAAAAAAUGCAACCUGAAGCAUCUGUAACCCGAGGCAUGACUGUACAGUAAUGCUUCUGAGCACCAGUUGCUGGAAACCACAGGUGGGAAAGAAUGCUCUUGUACUUGGCUCCUGCUUGCACAUUUUUUCACGGGCAUCUUGUUGGCCACUGUGAGAACAGGAAGCUGGACUAGAUGGGCUGUUGGCCUGCUACAGCACGCUCUUCUUUUAAUUACACUUUAUUUGCGUUAAUGUCCUAUAAAAGACCAUUGCUGGGGGGAGGUAGGAUUCUAAUGUUCCCAUGCACAAGACAAAUCCAUUUUAUUCAACAAAAAGUGUCUGGCGAGUCUCGCAAGACUUCUUUGCGAUUCUGAACCAACAGUCUAGUGAAUGACCCUUGUGGAACCCUAAGCAAGACUGCUGCUUGCAGAAUGAUGAUCAAAUUGGCUUGCUUUAGCCUGCUUAGAAGAACGUCUGUGAUCAGACUCUAAACAGUAGUAAGAACAGAAGAAACAAAUGAAAAUUGCACAGGACAGUCCUCUUUUUCCCCCUGAUAAUCUUGAACAUUAAUGCUUCCAUGUUCUGUGUUUUAAAAGGCUAUUGGAUGUUAGUUUUCACUUUCUGUUACACACGGGGUACAAUCCUGUUUCCCUUCAUCUUUUGUGCAUUUUUAUAUCAUCCAGUUGAGGACAAGGUAUAAAUUAUGUAUCAUAAAGUGUUGUGUAAUUGAUCUUAUACCCUACGUUUGUUCAAAAUCUGUUGUUUGUAGGUUCUUGCCUAAAUUCUUGAGAUACAUAUUUGUAUAUUCUUUCAGCCUUCACUCAAAAGCAAGCCUACCUGUAAGAUAACCAGCAGCCAAGAUCCAGCACACAGUGGCACCUGCCAGCUUGGGUGUGUCGGUGCUAGUUUAGCUUCUGGGAUGUGCCAGCCUAUACUUUCCUGCAAGACAGAUUGCACAUUUGAUUGUCUGAAGAAAAGGGUGGCCCUGUUAAAGGGAGUUUCUGUGCACAAGAAAAGCUUGAAAAAAUAUUUAUGUGAAAUUAUUGAAUGCUGCAACGGAAAAAGGGAUUGGAAACUGGAGCAUGUUAAUAAACAGAUGAGAAGCAACGAUGAAUGUAAGUCUUACUAGAAAAGUGUUCGAAACAUUUUCAAAAACUUUUUUUCUGGGAGUUUGCUGAAUAAACAUUCUGGACUAUCCAGGUGUGUUAAAUCUUGACUUACUGUUAUCAAAUAUAAAUGGAAACUGCAACAAAAUGUUGCCAUGGUUUCUCUAGUAAAACAUCUGAUUAUUAUUUCUUUUGACUCCCCCCCCCCUUUAUGUGCCUUUUUCGUCCCGUCACACCCUGUGUGUUUGUGUGCUUUGUUGCUGGUUGGUUCUUUUUUACCAAAUGUAUGUGUGUAUGUACUAUCUUAGGUUGGGGAUAAAUAAGCUGCUUUUGGAACACUCACACAUUCAUUCUAAGCCAUGGUUUGGUUUACCAUGAUGUGUGAACCAGGCUGGUGUGGUGACCUGACGUUAUUUCAGUGAUAUGGUUCCAUUUCUGUUUUACAUGUGUGUUCAGAAUAUCCUUGCUAGGGGAGUCAUGGAUUUCUAAAUGUCACUCGCUACGUCUUCUUUUUUUAGUCUUAGAUGAGGGUGGAGGGACAGAGAAGGUGCCAUGCCUGCCUUUUAAGUUUCUAUGAUCAGCAGUGAAUUAGAGGACUGUUCCUCCAACAUCUGCCCUACUGGCACCCUUUAGUGCUGAGCCCUUACACUCCUGGCUUCCUCCCAUGGGUGAGCACCCAGUCAUCCUACAAAUUUCAUCCACUCUGCCCUCCCAUCCAUCUCUGUGGCAUGGAUUUCCCCUACCUUUUCUCUUGCUCCGUUUAGGAUGCUUUUCACCACUGAGGGUACUGCCGCUUAUUGAAUGUUUCAGUCUUUCCUCCCCUGUCUCCCACAUGAAAGGAUGCAUGUACAAUUGUCAUGUUACUCUUUGCGAUGGGCUUAUCCAUUUUUUGGAAGAUAUAUAUAUAUAUAUAUAUAUAUAUAUAUAUAUGCUGGACCUGCAACACAAGGGCCUAUUUACAGUGCUAUUUUUCUGGAAAAAGAGGCGCCCGAACUCGCCAUGAGCACCUCCCUUGUUCUCUUAGAAUGGCAAUGGUGCUGAUGUAAGAAUUAUCAAGACCCAGGGUGUCCUUUCUUAAAAAAUUCCAAUACUGAUUGUCUUGAACCUUUGGCUAGAAUGUAUUAGGCUUGAUUUGGUUUGCCUGCAUUUUAUGACUCCUACGCUGCAUUCCUUUCCUAUCUGACCCUGAAAGUGCCACAGAUGGUCACUCAGGGUGUUUUGCUAUGUCUGUUUUGAGUGAAAUCCGGCAUCUCCUUGAAAGUUUCCAAGGAACAGAUAGGGAUGGGAAUGUCAACAACCCUGUUGAAGGCCUGGUUGCUAAGGAAACUGUGAUAAAGUAGGAAAUGGCCUGAGCAGUUAGAGGCAUCCCAAGGUAAUUGAGUGGGCGAUGGAGCCAUGCGUGUUUUACUUCUCAUGACCUUGAUGUAUGUAGAAGGAUGUUUUAAGAUUGUUUUGAUAUUUUAUUCUUCUUCGUGUGCUGUGCACAUUCACAGUCCUUACGAAGCCUUUAAAACACCUUUCAUUUUUUUCCUUCAGUUUUUUUGGCAUCUGCAUACUUCAGGGAACCCCUAAGCACACGGAUCCCUCCCUUCCCUCAUGGGCUACAAAACAAACACCACUCAUGACUGAGGAUGGGUAAUGGAAUGAUUUCAAAAAGAAUGCCACUUUCAGUGUCUUCUUUGUUGCGCUAAAUUUCAAAGCUCUUGCUUUUUCCCACUUUGAUAUCAAUUGGAGUCUUGUGAUGUGACCUUCGCUCCUACUUGUUGCUCCUUUCCCCGCUUUUGCCUAGUUUAUUAUUUACUAGAGGUAAAAUGAACAGCACAGGAUUUGUUUCGGUUCUUCUCGCUGCUAUUCCAUUGAUUAGAGCAUUAAAGCUGCUUGUUAUCUUUCCUUCAGCAGUCUGUAGUGCAGAGCCAGACCAGUCUGUUACGGAUUUGCCAUUGCGGGUGAAGGAAGAAGGGGACAUGUUUAUUCCUGACAAAAGUGCAACUGCUACAAAGACUGCUCCAGACGACGUGGAUGCAGGGGGAGAAUUAUUAAGUGGGAAACCUUUAUUGCAUCCUGACAUUCCAUCAGACGCGAUAUUGGCAGACCAUUCAUAUGUUUGCAGGAAGCCAAGUAAGAAAGUGACUGUGAGCAGUGAGAAGCAGCAUGUGAGGUACCUUGAAGGUAUGUCAGAUGAGGCUGAAGAUGGUUUGCAAACUGACGUUCCUGUGUGUGAUACAUUACAGAAAAGCCCCACACGUCAGGAAGAGGCUCCGCAUAUGAAAUGUUCAAAUGGGGAGCAGACACACAUUGCCCAAAUGCAAAUGCCCAUGACUGAUUCGGAAGGACCUAAGCAGACACAGCCAACGUUGUUUGGUAAACUGCAGCGGAUUGUAAGCAUGAGCCAUACAGAAAAGCAGCGGCAGAAAAGGGCCAAAUUGCUUCAGAAUCGGCAGCAAAAUCAACAUGACUUUGAACUGCUAAGGAGGCACUGGAAAGAGAGGGGUGACUCCAUGAAAAUAGAAAAUGUCAAGGAAACAGAGAGAGGAGAGCUUGAGAUCUGCUGCACAAGGGACCAGAAUUACACACCAGGAAAGAAGUGUGUGGAUAGUGCCCAAGAAUAUCUUCCUAACAGUAGUGCUAAUGUUCAGGAGAACUGUAACAUUUCUUGCUAUAAAAAAGGUCUUUCUGGUUUACGGGGAGAGAAUCAAGCUUUUAAGGAUGACCUUGCUGAGCCCAACAGAACUUGGAGCAAAUCAUCCCAGAAUCCAGUUGCUAAAUGCUUAGGAAAAAAUGCAUCUAAAACCAACUAUUGGAAAAAUGGUCCUAUGUCAUUUGGUAUCACCAAGGAUGAUAUAGGAAAUGGUGAAAAAACAGAUGAUUCUGCAGAGGAAGAUAUUGAUGGGAGUUCUGACCACCAGACUGAAACACUGGUGAGCAUCCCACACUGCUUUAAUUUGUAAAACAAAUCUGGCAGCAAAAUGUUUUUACUAUAACACAAUUUAUUUGCGAACCACUGUGACCAAUUGAGAUUACUGCCGUCACUUGCCUUGGAUCUUUGGGUCCAAGGUGUGUGCGUAAAUUUUCUACUGUUUGCCUUUCUUUAACUUCUCUUUAUACUAAUUUCUCCAGUUUUACCAUCCAGACUUGCUUUCCUCACAGAAUUUGAACUUAUUGCAAAAAAUCUGUUGUUGAGAAUUUAACUUCCUCUGUGGUUAAAAAGUGUGUAAAUAUUUUCAUGACUCAGUCAGAAAUUGGAGUGUAUGGAGUCUUGACAAAUGCCAUAGAUGAGUUUUGUUUUGUGGUAUUAGGCUAACUACAGUAGUUCAGUUUCCAGAGCUGAAAAACGUUCCAAACUCCACUGUCCAUCAUGUUGUAUCCCUCCAGGUAAAGAAUACCAAUUGGAAAGGAGAGUGCAGUUCUGUCAAGCUGGAAGGAAAAAUACCACAUUUGAAAACGGUGGAGGCCAAAGAGUCAGAAAUCACAAUAUACAAUACCAAAUUAAAAGAAAAUAAGUUGCCAGCACAUCCUUCAGAUUUCCAUUCUGAAAGUAUCAUAUGUGAGAGUAGUGCUACUACUUCAGAGAUGGUCAAAAAGUAUGCCGAAAUUGUAGAGCAAUUAUCCAGUGAUUCUCCCAUCUUCCAUCCCGAUGCUGUAUCGUUAGACCACACCUAUAGCAUUACAGCAAUGUACAACAAGGAACAUCAUGUUAACUGUCCUGAAGAAGCUGCAGGUGAUACUUCUCAAUUGGUAAGACUCAAUUUGUUACUUAAUCUUCAGAACACCAAAGUUAAAUAAUUAUACACCUUAACAAGUUGUUGCCACUUUACAUUAAAACAAUGGUCUUUAUUACCAUUCUUCAGUUAUACCCUGAGCAUUAAUGUUUGAGCAAUAGGCCAGUUUCCAUGUCACAAUAUACCAUAGCCAAUGGUUUACCAUGAACACACCUGCCUUUGCUGGUUGCCUCCUCUCUGCUAGCACAUGGAAGAAACACACCACAUUCUGAGUUUGAAAUGAAACAUUACCUGACUGGAGCUUCUCUGCAGGACUGAGUUUAACUGCCUUUUUAAUGUUCUGUUUCAGAAUGGAAGGGACUCCAGUCAAGGUGACAAGAAAAUGAACACUGAACCUGAAGAGUUUUCAAAGAAAAGUAUUAUUUCUCACCUGAAAACUACAGCAGCUCAUGCCCUACUUCCCAGACAGUUGUAAGCAAGUUUUUUUUAAGCAACAACAACAACAAAGACACACCAGCAAAUGGAUUUUUAGCAUAGUGCUAUUUUUUAUUAUGUCUAGCAGAUAUAGUUACUUUUAAUGCAGGCCAAGGCUCUGCUGUGUGGUUUAUUUGGUUCACACAGUAAGACUUUGCAAUGAUGUAUCACCCAGAAGCUCUUUUUAAAAUAUACUUAGCUCAUAGCCUUUAGGACAGGACUGGGGAACCAUUUCGGCUGGAAAGGUGGCCUGCCCUCUGAACCACUUUUCAAGGAUACAAUGUAGAACAUCAAGCUUUGCAACCACAGCUUAAAUUCAACCCUUUUUGGCCCCUCUACAGAGCCCUUCCUCUUCCAACCCAGAGCAAUCAAGCAGAUAGCUGAAGGGCUGGAUUCACUGAUUGAGAAAAGAAAUCUAAUGUCUCAUAAGAAACUGCAACUAUACAGCAGACUGGGCACCUUGAUUUGUAAUGUGGGAAUUCCUUCCUGCUAUGACUUUAUACAAGGAUGUACACACUUGUAGGCUAAAGUUACUCCGUGGUAACUUGUUUUGAUGGUAGACCACUUGCUUGGUAUGAAAAAGAUUCUUGCCAUCUCCACUUAAAAGAAUCAAGAGAUCAGAAAACCUCAGCCUGGUACCAGUCAUGGGCUAGUUAUGCAAAUAGGCUGAUGUGCUGUUUCCUAAUCACUAAUGUUAAUACUCAAAGAUUAAAUUUAAAAAAAUAACAAAUAUUAUCAGCUUAUUGGGGCUAUAUAGGACAUCUUUAAUUUGUAUGUUAGUUCAAAUUAUAUUUUUGAGAGUCCUAAGAGCCUAAGAUGUGCUGUUUCAGGCAACCUUUGGUUCAUUCAUUUGUUUACUUCAAGAGACUGAGUAGCAUGCAGAGCAGAGUGAGAAAGCAAGAAGGGCACAGCAGAAGGAGGGGACAGAGCAGGGACAUUUCCUGUGUGACCAGAGCACAACUUCCUGAUCCGUUUGGCACAAAGAAAGUUUUCUUGCAGUUUUGAUUGAGGUUAAGCUAUUAUCUGAGCCAGAUUGACUUGUGCAACUAAACACAACUUCUCUUUUUAAAUCCUUCUAGGCAUCUUGCUCAUGACUCUUCAAAUAAAGUGAUGGCAACGUCCCCUAAAGUGAAUAUACAUUUCUUUUCUACUGUUGUGUCUUUGUGGUGUGUGUAUUCCAGCUGAAAUAUACAUUGACUGGUAGUGGGUUGUUUUUGUUUUUUAAAUUACUUAAGGGCAUUGUUUGUUUUAUGCGCGUGCCAUGAGACAGGAUUGGUAGUCAGGCUCUUUUCAUUCUCCGCAUUCCCCUUGGUGACCCAAGUGAGAAUCCUAGCUGCUGCGCAGUAGCCUGUGUGGCUCCUUUGUUUUCCAGUGUUGCACCUUCAAAACCAAACAGCUGUUUAGCUUAUUCAUGCAUUCCCAUCCAGCAUCUGGCUAGCUUUGUGGAGACAUGCAGAAGCCCAGGUUUGGGAGAUAAUAUAAAAUCCCAAGUAUUUAUACCAGUCACUGCAUUUUUCCCCCUGUCUGGUGAAAGUGCUGUUUCUUGUCCACAGCCGUCUGGACUCUGGAAAAGAGGACCAAAGAAUUGGACACAAAGCAUGACUUCUUAUCGCCCGAAACACACAGCAGAUGAACAGCGUCGGCGUAAGGAAAUGAAAGAACUCUUUGAAAAACUGCAGGGGGCCUUGGGAUUGCAGAGCACUCCCAGCAUUGCCAAGCGCAUCCUCCUUGAGCAGGUACAUGGUUCAUCAUUUAGCUUGAUGUGGAAGGAAAUGCCUCUUCAUCAAGAGGAGAACUUGAUUUUUAACAGCAGCAAAAUGAAAAAUCUUAAAUUGAAAGAUAUAAAAAAAGAGAGAUACAAUUAUUAUUUUUUGUGGGGGUUUCUAAUGUGCCACAGCAACUCAGCUCCAUGUUGGACAAAUGCAUUUGGCUUAAUUUUCUUUCUCUGAGUACAUUAGCCAGUUAACUGUACAGUGGUGCCUCGCAAGACGAAAUUAAUUCGUUCCGCGAGUUUUUUUGUCUAGCGAAUUUUUCGUCUUGCGAAGCACGAAAUCCCAUAGGAAUGCAUUGAAAUCCAAUUAAUGCGUUCCUAUGGUCAAAAAAAGUCCAAACAAAGCCAAAUUUGGUACAACAAGAGUUUAUUAAGUGCUCUUUAAAGUCACACAUACUGUAAAGAGCAUUUCAAAAAUUGAAGGAACAAUAAAUUAAGUUUAUAAACAUGACAGAAAAAACAUUUAAAAAUCAACAAAGUGUACAUUACAUUUUCUAAGACUCUGGGGGACCACUCGAAGAAGGUUCCUCUUCCACUCUUUGCUUCUUGCUUAAGAACCUGUCCAUGGUCUGCUGCUUCAUCCGCCUUUUCAGCACCUCCCUGAAAGACGACAUGACCCUCGUAUCAAAAGUGUUCGCAAGGUCAUGUGUCACGUGCUUAUCAGGGUGGUUCCGCUCUGCAAAAGCCUGCACAUCCUUCCACUUCAGGCAAAUGUCCCUCAGUUCUUUGGAGGACAGCCGUUCCUCAGUUGCUUCCUCCUCUUCCAGCGAGGCCUGCUCCUGCGCAGCCUCUGCCUGCAGUUCAACCAGCUCCUGGGUGGUCAGCUCGUGGUCGUGCUCCUCCACCAGCUCGCUGACGUCCUCCUCUGUGACCUCCAGGCCCAUGGUCCUCCCUAAGGCAACAAUGUCCUGCACCACUGUUGACUCUGGUGCAUCAGAGUCACUUGGUGCCACACAGUCCGGCCACAGGCUGCGCCAAGCGCAAUUCAAAUUUCUCUGGCUGAUCCCUUUCCAGGCCGUGGUGAUCAUCUUCAAGCAGGUGACGAUGUCGAAGUGGUCCUUCCAGAAUUCCCGCAGGGUGAUGGUGGUGCAAUCAGUCACCUCGAAGCAUCGCCUGAAAAGCUCCUUGGUGUAGAGUUUUUUGAAAUUGGCGAUGACCUGCUGAUCCAUCGGCUGGAGCAGUGGCGUGGUGUUAGGCGGCAGGAACAUGAUGUUGAUGAAGCUGAACUCCUCCAACAAGUCCUCCUCAAGGCCUUUAGGAUGAGCAGGAGCAUUGUCCAUCAGAAGCAAAGCCUUCAGCGGCAGGUCGUUGUCCAGCAGGUACUGUUUGACAGCAGGGCCAAAAGCAAGAUUGACCCAGUCCACAAACAGCACACGUGUGACCCAAGCCUUGCUGUUGGAUCGCCACAUGACACUCAGCCGCUCCUUGUCGACCUUGUGUUUCUUGAAGGCCCGUGGGUUCUCCGAGUGGUACACCAGCAGGGGCUUGAUCUUCAGGUCGCCGCUUGUGUUGGCACAGAAGAGCAGGGUCAGACGGUCCUUCAUGGGCUUGUGGCCAGGCAACUUGGCCUCCUCCUGAGUGAUGAAAGUCCUUUUGGGCAUCCUCUUCCAAAACAGCCCGGUCUCGUCGCAGUUGAAGACCUGCUGUGGAACGUAGCCCUCCGUCUUCACAACCUCCAGGAACUCCAAGGCAAAGUCUUCAGCCACAGGAACAUCAGAACUGGCAGCCUCCCCAUGCCUGACCAUGCUGUGGAUUCCAGAUCUCGUCUUGAACCGGUCAAACCAACCUCUGCUUGCCUUGAAGACUUCUGGCUCGCCUGAGGUUCCUGGCUGUUCCCGGAUGAGGUCUGCGUGCAAGGCCUUGGCCUUCUCACAAAUCACGGCCUCAGUCACUGUGUCCCCUGCACGCUGCUUCUCUUCUAACCAGAUGAGGAGCAACUUCUCGACCUCCUCCAGAACAGCUGGGUGGUUCUUUACGAUCCUGGUGACUCUCUUGGCUGCAUCAGUCGCAAGGAUCUUCUCCCUCAUCUUCAGAAUGGUGCCGAUGGUCGAUGGGUUCCUGCCGUACUCCCUGGCGAGGUCUGUCACACGCUUUCCAUCGUCGUGCUUCUGGAUGAUCUCCUUCUUCAUUUCCAGCGUCACCUUCUCCUUCUUCCUCUCGCCGGCCUCUGCAGCAGCAGUCUUCUUGGGUCCCAUGGCAGCACAGCUCCUAGCUUCGUAAACUCAGAAAAAGAAAAAAAAAAUCAGUGAUUCACACCCAAAAAAUUCAAAAGCACCCAGCCACCCACCACACAGGAAUUCAAACCCAGAACCAAGUCCUUGAAUUCCAAGCACCCAACCCAAAAUCCAAAAACCCCCCAAAAAAGUUUUAAAACUUUAACUUACGAAAUGGCUGCAAAUCACCAAAGUCUUCAAAAUCCUCAAAUGGCUGCAAAAGAAGUUUUGGAAAAGCUUUAAAAAUCACCAAAGUCUUCAAAAACCUCAACUGUUCCCCCAGCCACCCACCCACCACACAGAAAUUGCAAACCCCUCCCCAACUGUUGCAAACCCCUCCCCAACUGUUGCAAACCCUCCCCAACUGUUCCCCCAGCCACCCACCACACAGAAAUUCAAACUCAGAAAUUUUUUUUUAAAAAAACAGCAUGGCCCAAUGGUCACAGAAAAUCAUAAAAAUGCAGAAAAAAACCACAAAAGCUCCCAGAUUCUUGCAAACCCCUCCCCAACUGCUUCCCCAGCCACCCAUCACACAGAAAUUCAAACUCAGGAAAAAUUUUUUUAAAAAAAAACAUGGCCCAAUGGUCACAGAAAAUCAUAAAAAUUCAAAAGAAAACCCACAAAAGCUCCCAGAUUCUUGCAAAUCCCUCCACAACUGUUCCCCCAGCCACCCACCACACAGAAAUUCAAACCCAGAAUUUUUUUUUUAAAAAAAACACAACAUGGCCCAAUGGUCACAGAAAAUCAUAAAAAUUCAAAAAAAACCCACAAAAGCUCCCAGAUUCUUGCAAACCCCUCCUCAACUGUCCCCCCAGCCACCCACCACACAGAAAUUCAAACCCAGAUUUAAAAAAAAAAAAAAAAAAAACAUGGCCCAAUGGUCACAAAAAAUCAUAAAAAUGCAGGAAAAAACCACACAAGCUCCCAGAUUCUUGCAAACCUCUCCCCAACACCAAGUCCUUGAAUUCCAAACACCCCAACCCAAAAUCCAAAAACCCCCAAAAAAGUUUUAAAAGUUUAACUUACCAAACAGCUGCAAAAGAAGUUUUGGAAAAGCUUCAAAAUCAGCAAAGUCCUCAAAAACCUCAGAAAAGGCUACCACACCGCAUGCAAUGUGUUGCUCCUCGAAGUCAAGUCGCAACUGCACCUCUUCCAGCAAUGCACCCUGGGUAUUAACGGUUUUACGAAAAAAGAAACAAACUUGCAAGACGCGAAGCAAGCCCAUAGGGAAAUUCGUCUUGCAAAGCGCAUCGAAAAACGGAAAACCCUUUCGUCUAGCGAGUUUUCCGUCUUGCGAGGCAUUCGUCUUGCGGGGCACCACUGUAGUGGCAAAUUGCCAAGAUAAUUAUUUCCACCAAUAGCAUUUUUUGCCUUGUCUCCUCUGUCCCCAGCUGAAACUUGCUAUCCUAAUAUACACAAAGGCCCUAAUUUUUUAAUGCAGCUGAUUCGCUAACAUGUCUGCAAAGUUUCUGUCAUUGCUUUGUUUUUAGGAUGCUUUGAGAGUAGAGAAGAGAAGCUGUCCGUCCCGUCCCCCCCCGUAUUGCUCUGGAAUGUAAAAAUGACCUCUUCAUCCCUUUCCAGGCCACUGAAGAUAUCCAGAGGCUAAGAGAUCAGGCAGACCAAUUGACAAGCCACAAGAAGUUCCUGUUGUGCAAGCGCAACACCCUGAUUUGUAAAGUGUCUGCACUCUCAGGUGAGAUGACUUCAUGGGCAGGUUUUCUUAAAAAAAUAAACAAAACAAAACAUGUAGAUGAAGAAAGAAAUUCUAGCAUAGGAGAAUACUAGGAUGUUUCAAAGUGGUUGGGAUGAAUUGUUCAUGUAGGAUUCGAAGGAUUAUACUUUCAAAGACGCAAAUGGUAUUAAAGAUGUUCUGCUUGCUAACUAUAUCCUUGCGAGCCAUGUGUGUUGGAAAUGGUACUAAUCUUGCACUAUGAAAUACUGUAUUUUAAGCUAAUGUGUGUUUUUGUUCCUUUGAAUUGCAAAGUGAGGGAUAUCCAACUCUUUGUUUUCUCUGUAGGCAAGUCACAGGAAGCGAUCUUGAAGAAGCUAGAAUACAUUUUUACAAAGCAGAAGGCACUAGAAAAACAGGAGAACCAGAACCAGCAAGAUAUGGUGGAAAUCAUUAAAACAGCGAGAACUACUAGUUCCACUAUGGAAAACAGCCCCUUUUCUCUUUCUAGAGAGACAAAACCGGUAAUCCUGUCCAACAGGCAUACGAAACCAUUGAUAUGUUCCAAGAACAGAAGCAGUGUCACAGGUAGGCUGCAGAAAGGAGGCAAUUUUUAUACAAAGUGAAACCAAAAUCCCCAGGGCAUUCUGGGAAGCAUAGAUCUGAUGUGUACCUGAGUGUAGCAGCUCCUUCCCCCACACUAAUAAUAAACAGUCAAAGUCUAGUUUUGCUUGCAGAAGUGUGUGGAGCCAUCCCAUAAAAGGCAGCUUGGGGCCGCCAUCAUGUUGCCAGGCAUACAGCAUCCUACCCCAAGCCUUUCACUCAAAGGAAAGGCAUAGAGCUACACACGGGAAACUAAGGAAGAACAGGCGGCUGGCUGUUCCUGGGGAGGUGCAGAAAGGCAUCUCCUUAGAGUGAACAGCUUGGCUGGGAGAGAGACAGGAGGGCAGAAUUAUACUGAUUCCUAUAAGGUGGCUCUGCACACUGCUCUUGUGGCUUGUGAAUUGCCACUUGGAGGAAGAAGAAGAGUUUGGAUUUGAAAUCCCGCUUUAUCACUACUCUAAGGAGUCUCAAAGCGGCUAACAAUCUCCUUUCCCUUCCUCCCCCACAACAAACACUCUGUGAGGUGAGUGGGGCUGAGAGACUUCAGAGAAGUGUGACUGGCCCAAGGUCACCCAGCAGCUGCAUGUGGAGGAGCGGGGAUGCGAACCCGGUUCACCAGAUUACAAGUCUACCGCUCUUAACCACUACACACCACUGGCUCUUAACCACUACACCACAUUUGUGUUUUGGUUCAUCAUCAUAUAGGACACUUCUGUUCCUUUUUGCAGUUGAUCUCUUAUAGUUAGCAUUUCUGUUUUUCAGAUGGAAUAAAAGCUUUUGGGCUUUUACUUUUCAAACAGCAGCCUCACAUGCUAUUUAACAAGCCCCUUUGAAACUGGGUGGAUCUUUUUUGACAGAUCCAUGAUACGUUCGGGGGGGGGGAGCUUGGGAAUCUUACAAGUAUCCCCCCAGGCUUUAGCAAUGCCAAAUGUUGCUCUUUAAACCCCAUUCCCUCUCUCACCAGUAUUCUAACAGGCCUUUCUUUGUUUGGGCUUACUUACAGAAAAUGAAGACUCCUUAAUGAUGCCAAGGAUAGUAAAUGUGAUGUCACUGGCUGCUGAAGAAAAUACAAAGGAAAUACAAAUAGUAAAUGUGGUGUCACUGGCUACUGAAGAAAAUGCAAAUUUACUCCUGGAUUUAAAUAAGAAACCUUAUGUAACUCUGGAUACAGAUUCCCAGAAAUGCUUACCUUCCACGCAGAUAGUAUUGCAGGAAACAACUGAUUUUCAGUCCGAAGAAAAUGCGGAACCAUCUUCCAGAAAACAGAGGGAUGCUACUGGAACAGCUCAAGUUUUUCUUAGGGAAAAAGAAAACUGUUUCCCACAAAUAGUAAAUGUAUCCAGUAUGAAGGGAUCCCCAGAAUUAUUUGCAACAAAACUCUUCAUUGAAGAGUUAAGUGGAAAUCGGGUUAGGUUAAAAGAUAUAUACAAGGGAGGUGAGGGACAAAAGUCAAAGGAUUCUUCGUUUCAGAAGCUACAGAUUAAUGAACUCAAGGACUCCGGGGUAGAAAUGGAACUGCAAAAAGUAGCCUCUGCAAUACCUGAACCAGCACUGGAUGCAAGUGACUUAAUGGACCUAAAGAAAGAUGGCACUGAUGAAACACUCACCUCACUUCUGAAUGAAAUUGUAUCCCUCAAUCAGCAGCUGAAUGAUGCGGCCCCAGACAGAUCAAAACUUCUCAACUCCCCAAGCACUGAGUUUUCUCUGGAAGGUAUGGGAAACUGCACGGAAUCGGCUGCUGCAGCAGCAGGCUUUCACUUGCAGUUUAGCAAAUUGGGUGAGAGCUAUAAGGACCUCUGUUUUGUGCAAGAGUGUAGUGGUUCUGUAACUCCACUCCUGCUUCAGUUGGAAGACGAUGAUCUCACUGAUGGUGAUAGGAACCUGAGAGAUCCUUCAUCUGAAUCGGGUGUUUUCAAUCUGAUGCCGGACUCUGAAGUAAAGGACCCAAAUUGUAACAUUUCAACAACUAGUGGGAGAAGCUGGAAAAAUGUACCAUGCAUGGCUAAAACUACAAAUGUGUCUCUUCCAGUUCUGCAGAUGAAAACUGAUAUGGAACCUGGCCACCUUGACACACAGUGGAAGCCCAUGCCCAAACUGGCACCCUUUGGACUAAAAAGUGCAAGCUUCCUAUUAGAUUCAGGAAGGCAAAACACCAGGAUGAUGCCUUUGUUGGCACCUGUUGGUGUAAACAUGUCAUCUGUUGAUUUAAAAGCCACCCAUUCAGCAGUCAAGGACAGGUCUAUAAAGUAACACCUACAUUAGCAACUGUACUUGCAAAAUCAAAAUAAUACUGCAGCUUGCCCUGCAUGCCCUAUUUUCUCAGAAAACCUCAAUACAUACAUGGAUUGAAGGUCAUAUGGUCCACUUUGAAUAGAGGGGUUUGUGUCUAUUUUAUGAAGCUAGGUGAUCUUUGUGAAUGGUCUGAUUAAGGAUACACUAAAUUCCUAGUAAAAAUCUUUGGGUGAGCCAAAAUUAACUAAUGAUAUAGCUCUAUAUCAUUAUAGAGCUAUAUAAUUAUAAUUAGUUUUGUAAGAAAACAGAAUGACUUUGUCACAUGUUCUCUUCGGAAAGUGGAACAAAAAUUUAACCUUUAGUUAUAAAUUAAAAAAUAAAUAAAAAUCAGUGGGAGUGUCAUUUCCCAGCGUGCCCUCAGACUACAAAUUUAUAUGUUCCUCUAAACUUUCAUUUGCCAAUCCUUCCUCUCUUCUAUCAUUUUUAAAAUGUAUGCAACCUAGAGAGAGGACUGACUAUAUCUAUUCUUCCUAGACUUCUUCCAGUUUACUCAAAAGAAUGGUUAUGCUCUAAAAAGAAGCAUGUUUGUAUGCAUACAUACGUCCCGUCAUCUCACUAUAUAAUUAUUUAUAAGACAAACUUAAUUCUGUCAAGUGGGAAUUGGGUCCCUAUACUACUCCACAUUGCCGUGGAGUAUUUGCAGAUUGUUAUUACCUCAACUAUAUGAGCAGAGCUGAUUGCCACCUUACCAAUAUGAGGGCCAGGGGGAGAGAUGUGCAGUUGGCUCAACUCACAGGAUUUAAGUAUUCUCAUGUAUGGUGCAGUCACAUGAAAUAGCAUGACACGUUUGGCAUCUUCCACAUGCCUGUGGUUGUGUCUGAAGGAGGCCAUAUUUUUAGGUAACAAUCAGUGUACUCUUUGUUCAUUGCUUUUGGCUGGUUCCUCCUUCCUCUUGCCAAACUUCUGAUACCAAUUUAGUUGCAAAAAUGCAAACUGUUUUGUGCUGCUGCAGGUAAAUCAAACAGGUUUGAUCAGGUUGUUCAACAAUAAUUGUUAUUUGCAAGAUGUUUCAAAUUCAUUUUGUAAGUGACAGCAAAGAAUCUAUAGAAACUCAGCUUUGAAAUGUAAAGUAAAGGUAUUUUGUAGUUUUAUACAAUUCAUUCUUGUAGUUUUGCUAAUGAUUGAAACUUCAAGCCAGGAGGGAGUACUGAAGCAGAGUUAACAAUUAGUACUUAUUCUUCCAAUCAUAAAUCAUACAAAUAAAUGUGAAUUCCUUUUGAUAGCCU